GCAGUGUGUGUGAGGAGAGGGGCGAGCAAGAAAGGCAGCAGCCAGUGCGAUGGGAUAGAGGAGAGCGAGGAGGAAGAGGAGGAGAGUGAAUGAGAUCUGCUGGAUCUGCCUUGCCUUGCCUGCUUGUCGUCUACUGAAGCUGGGUUCACCAUCACGCCACGUUUUUCUGACACAGAGCAGAUUCACAUUCCAGUUGGAUCACUGGAAAACAGCUCCAUCAUCAAGAAAACACAGGCAUCACCGGGAAUCUCUGCAUCAGCACCACGGGGGAGAUGCAGCAGCACUGAAGCGGCCUGACGCUCCAGUUUAGGCACCAGCUGCUACCAAACCAAACCAAGCCGCCCUUCACCUUCACCCUUCCAACACCACCACCUCUCCCUCUCUUGCUCCUCCCUAUGCCCUUGUCCUCGGCGGCUCCUCUCACCUCCCUGGCCAGUAUAUGGAUAGAAGCUCCCUGUUUCAGCUCAUACAAGAGCAGGUAAGCAAUCAGCGGUGGAGGUUUCCAUGGUUACAGGCUCACCGUCUACCCAGGGACUGAGACACGGAGGCUGAUGUUCGAGGCUGAAAGCAGAUCUGAAUGGGACAAGAUGAUAGAUGUGAGCUGGCCCCAAGAACUGGAGUUGGACCCAGAAAACACCGGUUUCAUCCCAGUGGAGAACUUCACCAGUUUGGUGGAGCACCAUGAGCUGCAGCUGGACCCAUCCAAACUGGACAUGCUGUUAGCUCUUGUCCACAGCAAUGAAGAGGGACAGGUGUGCUACCAGGAGCUCAUCGAGCUGAUGAACAGCAAACGCUCCAGCAGCUUCCGACGUGCCAUCGCCAACGGCCGCCGAACGCUGCAGAGGGAGAUCCUGCUGGACGAGACGGGCCUUGGCCUCUACAAACGUUUCGUCCGUUAUGUGGCCUACGAGAUCCUGCCUUGUGAGACGGACCGGCGCUGGUACUUCCACCAAAACCGCCUGUGCCCCCCGCCUGUCUUCAUUGCUGUUGUCACCAUUGUCCAGAUUAUUGUGUUCAUGUGCUAUGGCAUCAUGCUCAACAAGUGGGUUCUGCAGACGUAUCAGCCAGACUUCAUGAAGAGCCCGCUGGUCUACCACCCUGGUCACCGUGCACAAGUCUGGCGCUUCUUCAGCUACAUGUUCAUGCAUGUUGGUUUAGAGCAGUUGGGAUUUAAUGCUUUGCUGCAGCUGAUGAUCGGCGUUCCUUUAGAGAUGGUUCACGGCAUCUUACGGAUAAGUUUGCUUUACAUGGCAGGAGUCCUGGCUGGCUCGCUAACGGUGUCCAUCACCGACAUGCGUGCUCCAGUGGUGGGAGGUUCUGGGGGGGUCUAUGCUCUGUGCUCAGCACAUCUGGCCAACGUCGUCAUGAACUGGGCCGGGAUGCGCUGUCCGUACAAGCUGCUACGCAUGAUCCUGGCGCUAGUCUGCAUGAGUUCAGAGGUGGGUCGUGCAGUCUGGCUCCGCUUCUCACCGCCCCUGCCCUCCUCGGGCCCCCAGCCCAGCUUCAUGGCCCACCUGUCGGGGGCUGUGGUGGGCAUCAGCAUGGGGCUGCUGAUCCUGCGCAGCUACGAGGAGAGUCUGCAGAAGCAGUGCUCCUGGUGGGUCAUCGUCUUCUCCUUCAUCACCUUCCUCCUCUUCGCCAUCUUUUGGAACAUCUUUGCGUACGAGCUCCUCGAGGUGCAGAUACCACCGAACCCCUGAUGACCACCCCCCACCCCCCACUCUUUCUACAGCCUUUCAUUUUGUCCAAAGUUAAACCCAAAUGAGAUUGAUCAAACUAAAAGUCCAUCUAAGAUUUUUUUUUUUACACAAAUACUUUGCAAAUCAAAGAAAUACGUCUCUUUUAUUAAAGAGGGAUUACAGUAGCAGCAAGUACAUGUGACCGUUCCUCUGAUCCACUUCGAGGAACGUCGUGUCUUUUUAUAUAAACUCGUCCAUGUUAACCUUUCAGUGACGAUGUGUCAUCAGCUGCAUUUUCAUUCACAAUAUGACCUCAAAUUGGAACACUUCGUGACAUGUGCCUCUUUAAAAAGUGAUUUAUAGCAGUGAAAGAGUGCAGGAUGAGCAACAACAAGGCUCCAGUGUCUCCAAAUCUGAAUCUGUGCCACAAAUAUUCACAAGUCUUUUGUUUCGGAAGGCAGCAAUAAAUAUAAACACGUGAAAAACGUCUGUGAUGUAAUUUUGUUGUGUUCUUUUUUAGGAUUUCUGUUCCUUCACGUCCCUGCUGUAACUCACAGGGUCACUGUGGCUUUUUGCUAAAUUGCUGGCACGCCAAAUUGAAAAACAACUAACACACAAGUGGUGCUCAGAGGGAAAGCUGACAAGAUUAAUCUCCAAAGUGAGAAUACAGCCUUUCGUUUAACUUAAUUUAGCCUGGAUCUCGUAGAUUACGGUGAACCUCAAGAUAACAAACACCACUGUCAUCUUCAACUCAUCUGAAGAGCGAGGAUUUCUGCAUCGCCUUUCCUUUGCCAUGACACUUACACUGUGGACACACACACACACACACACAUAUACAUUUGGGAAAUUAAAGUGACUUUGUGACAGAAGAAGAUGGAUCCUUUCAGCAAGUGAACGCCUCCUUUUACUGUGUAGACGUCAGCUCAGUCAGUGUACCAUGUAAAAUAUGCCAUGUCAUGCUCUUGGGUUUUCAGCAAGACAAGGACGCACCCACACACACACACUUUGUCUUUCAGAACGACCGCUGCCUGAUUUUGUCGGUCAUCACAGACAAACCAGUGGCAAGAGCGCCACAAAGCAACACACAUACUCUAGUCUCCACCUGUUCUAACAAUGACCGAAUGAACUGGAGAAAGGAGUGUCGCAGCCUGACCUCUAACCUUCGAAGACCCAGGGGAUGAUGGCGGUCUGUGCGUCAGGCCAAGUCAAUACCUCAGUUUCUCAUUCUUAGGGACUGUAUACAUUUGUAAAGGAAUGUAACUAUAAACAGAAAAAAAGUGUUAUUCUGUUCUCCCCCGUCUUUUUUGACUGUGGAUGUUGUAUAUUCUAUGUUCAUAACCAAGACUAUAUUUAUUAUUUUUUUAGUUUUUCCUCUUCAAACGGGGGAGGAGUCAAAUUUCAAAUGGUGCAAAAUGAGUUGUCCUGUUAAAACUCUGAGACAAAACCCCCUGGUUUGUUCAGUGCAUGGACAUGUAAACGCCCCAUUGGGUGAUGGAGAGUUUAACAGCGUCGCCGCCAUAUUGGAUGGGUCUCUCACUCUCCAAACCCAACAGGAGCCAAGGCCAACUACGCUUGUUUUUUGUACAGCCUACAUUUGCAACAACUGGUGUACUAUUGAAAACAGAUCACGUGGGAUUACUAUUGACUUUUCUAGUCUACCUGUUGGAAUUUUAUAUUUUUAUUUAUUUUGUUUUAUUAUAUUUAUAUUUCAAUCAUCAUGCCACACUGCAUGUCUGAUUUUGUGAAAAAUCAUAAUAAAGUGUGUUUUAUAGUUGGAUAAACACCUUCCUCAGUAGAAAUAAAUGCACUUGGGGUGAAUAGAGACCUAUCCAAGAUGGCGGUCAGCAACUACAGCAGCUGCAAUAGGCAGUGCCAGUCCACGGGCGUCUACGUAUAUGUCUGUGGUUCAGCGACCACCAAGAUUUUAUACAUCUUUAGUCAGUGCUUUAUAUAAUAAGCCAUAAAAAAUUACUAUCUGAAGAUUGAAAAAAAUGUGUUUGUUGGUUUUAAACCUGUAGCUUCAGCUGAACUAUUAUUUUGUGUAAACGUGAGCGCGUGUGUGAUCAGAAAAAACGAAAAAAGCUCAGUCUGUUGGGGUUCAUGCCUGUAGAGAAACCCUAGAUAUGUAGCCAUUUCUACUUCUCCUUUUGCCUCUUAUUUCUUUAUAUUGAAUCAUGGAUGCAGCAUAGAUUUAGCAAUCAUCCAAACCUCCAUCCUGUCCCUCUGGGAUACCAAUUGUAAAGUGUAUGGGAUGCCAUUUGUAAAGUGAAACUGUGAUAACAGCAAAAUUUUGAGUUAUUUAGCCUAUCAUAAGAGAAAAAAAUUGGAGUUCAUUUUUCAAAGUCAUAUUUUCACCAUGCUGUUAUAAAAAGAUCCCAACUAAAUAUUUAGAUUGCAUGCUAAAUAUUUAAUUUUGAGUUAAAUAUUUUUAUAAACUAAAUAUUUAGGUCUGACUUAAAUAUUUAGUUAUUAAAAUAAAUAUUUAAUUUAGAUGUAAAUAUUUAUUUUACAAAAUAAAUAUUUAGGUCAGACCACAAUAUUUGAAUUUACUAACUAUAUGCUUAAUUUGGAGCUAAAUAUUAAGUUCCAAAUUAGAUAUUUAUUUUCCAAAAUAAAUAUUUAGAUCCCAUCUAAAUAUUUAUUAAUGGGCUAUACCUAAAUAUUGAAUUUGCAAACUAAAUGGUUAGCUCCCAAAUAAAUAUUUUGCUGGGAUCUAAAUAUAUAUUUUUGAAAAUAAAUAUUUAAUUUGAAGCUAAAUAUUUUGUUUGUAAACUAAAUAUUUAGCUCUAAAUGAAAUAUUUAGUAAUUCAAUUAAAUAUUUUUACAAACUAAAUAUUUAGUUCUGACCUAAAUAUUCAGUAUGCAAAAUAAAUAUUUAGCUUGUUAACUAAAUAUUUAAUUGAGAACUUUAACAAUCGUAUAAAUGUAUGAAUAACAUGAUGAAAAUCUGAUUUUUAAAAACGAACUCCCAUUUUUUUCUUCUCUGAUGUGCUAAAUAACCCAAAAUACUGCUUUUAAAUGAUAAAUAAUAAAUGACUUGCACUUGUAAAACGCCUUUCAGCAUCAGACGCAUCCAAAGCGCUUUACACUACAGUGUAUCAUUCAUUCAUUCACACACACAUUCACACACACAGUGAAUGAAAAUUAUGACUCUUUGAUUUUACAAAUGGCACCCUAUAAUCCUCUGCAGGGUCCAGAUUCAUGGCUGCAGAAAUCCUACAGACAGUAAAUUAUAGACUUCUGUCAUGUUUUAUCUCUUGAGCAAGUCAAGCUUUUUCUGCAAAGCUGAAACAAGGAUUGCAAUUACAUUUACUUAAUGCUAUGUUCCGUUUCUCAGUCUUUCAGUCGUUUAAAUGUCCAAAGCUGCCUAAGGGAUUGCUUUUUUUUAUGUUAUUUGAACCAGAUUUGACAGUCAGCAUUUCACUUCCACAUGAAACUGUCAGGGGUGACAGAAGACUUCAUGUUAAAUGAGGGGAAUGAAAUUGCUCUAACAAGCCAUUUUCAGAUCCGUUUAGAAAAAUGAUCUACCCAUAUGCGGCGGUCAUGGUGAAAACUGGAGUUUGUCAGGAAAUACCAUAUUAUUAUGUGGGAUGGUGAAAAUUGGCCAAUGAAUAAUGCAAACAUACCCUGUUAGCCUUUAAUGAAGAUAAAAGUGGAUGCCUGAGAGGUUAAUGUGCCUCUGUAACUUAAGAUUCAUAGGAAGCUAGAAGAGUUUGGGGAGAAAAAAGGGCUAAAGAAUGGGUUUGUUUCUUUAGAACACAAAAAGUGGAUUUAACCCCUCCUGGAAGUACAGAGCAGAACAAAAACAGAGGAUUUGUGACUAUAUAAUUGAGAGACCACACAUAGAUGCUUUUAGGCAUGUUAUCUAAAUGUUUCGGAAGCUACCUCUCCACGUUCUGAGCCAAACGCAGCACCAACACACAACUAUAGUAGCUUUUCUUUGGUAAAAACCUCUGCUGCUCUGCUUUGUGGAGAUCUUUAGCCGACGUGUUGCUGUGCUGUUGCAAUUCAUUGAUUUUAUCUCCAUUUGCUAAUUACUGUGCUGUCACAUCAAUCGCCUUGUUAUAUGAAAAACCAAGCAGAGGCUAAAGCUGCUUUCCUGUUCGCUGUAUGAUACAUUUUCUACGAUCCUGUACAGAAUCUAGGAGAGGUGAUGCUAACAUCUGUAGCUGCUGUGUGCCAACAAGCCCCGCCAGGAUGCCUUUUCUCAGUCUUUAGCUCUUCUUAGACGUAUAGGUGACUCUUACUGCAGGACUUUGCAGGUAAGGCAGGCCGCUGUAGCUCCUAGAAAUCAACUUUACUCACAAAUACUAUAAAAUAUAUCUGCAAUCUGGUUUACAAGUUAUUAAAGGGCACCAAAAGUGCUCCAUUUCAGCUUCAUUUCCUCACAUUUGUUAGGAUACAGACCUCCAAUUAUGAACAGGGUAUGAAUAAAAGACGUCAGCUGAAUGAAUGACUUACGGAAAAGACAUGAGUGGGCACAGUUGCAAAAGAGGCAACUAUUUUUAUUUAAAUUUCUGGUUUAUAACAUCAGCAACGUCCUGCUUUGUGUCUCUGGCUGUGCUGCAGAUUUUUAAUAUUGUCAAAAAAAGAAAUAUAUAGGUUUCUCCAAACAAGUGAAGAGACUAGAGCAAUGGAAGUCAUAUGUCUGUGCUGCCGUGUUGGAUUUCUCACAAGCUGCUUUCUUGUAUUAAUGAAAUGGUGCCAAACUAACAACCUCUCAGACCAAAGCAGAGGUUGUGCGUUCACAAAAGAUAAAAACAAGACAGAAUAAGAAGCAGAAGCUAUUAUUUUCUGUGCGUCAAGCCUAAAGGAAACUAAAUUUGCAUAUGGGUAAUUUAUAUCAAAGUCCUCAUGAAUUACUUCACAAACUGUUGUACUUUUGAAAUGUUCUGAAUGGAACCAUUUUAUAUUGUAUAUAUAUGAAUAUAUUUUGUUUUAUUUUGUACUGUUCGUUGUACUUUGCUUUAAUUUAGAAACAAUAUAAAUAAAGAACAAUACAGUGGCCACAA